AUGUUCCAAUAUCCAGUCAACGUUACAGAACAUUACGAUGAUGACCGCUAUCCAAGUAAGGGAGCUCCUGUUUCACCAUCGAAGUAUCCAUGGGGUGAUGUUCAGAAAUAUCUUAAUUGUGUGAAGGGAGACUACACUAUUUAUACGUAUGAGCCUCAAGUUGAAAAAGGAGAGCCACUAUCGACGAUUAUUGGUAGCCAGGCUGAGAGGGUUGCAGCUGGUAAUCUUCUCCUCUGCAUCAGGAGACAAGUCAUUUGUUUAUCAUGUAUAUGGGUAAGAGACAUACUAUAA